AUGCAGGUGAAGAAGCACCGGGACCCGGGGAGCAGCAGUGGCGGCGACAUGCUGGAAAGCGACACGCUCCGCAAAAACUCAUCAUGCUUCUCCAACAUCAAGAUUUUCCUGAUAUCGGAGUGCGCUCUCAUGUUGGCACAGGGCACAGUGGGAGCGUACCUGGUGAGUGUGCUGACUACCCUGGAACGACGGUUCAACCUGCAAAGCGCCGACGUUGGAGUGAUAGCCAGCAGCUUCGAAAUCGGCAAUUUGGCACUGAUUUUGUUCGUAAGCUAUUUUGGGGCCAAGGCACACCGGCCCCGUCUGAUUGGCUGCGGGGGCAUAGUAAUGGCCUUAGGAGCUCUCCUCUCAGCUCUUCCCGAAUUCUUGACCAAGCAGUAUGAAAUAGAAAAAAUUCACAGGACCAACUUGGGUCGGGAUGUUUGUUCCAAUACUAGCUCUGGUGAGUCUCAAGAUGAGACUCUCUGCGCCAACAAGGCCAACACCAACAUGAUGUACCUGCUGCUCAUUGGGGCCCAGGUCCUGCUGGGGAUUGGGGCCACUCCGGUGCAGCCCCUUGGAGUUUCCUACAUUGAUGAUCACGUGAAGAAGAAAGAUUCCUCACUCUAUAUAGGAAUUCUCUUCUCUACGCUGGUGUUCGGACCUGCCUGUGGCUUCAUCCUCGGAUCCGUCUGCACUAAAUUCUAUGUGGACUUCAUCUUCAUAGACACCAGUAAGCUGAGCAUAACUCCAGAUGACCCGCGGUGGAUCGGGGCCUGGUGGGGAGGCUUCCUGCUGUGCGGUGCCUUAUUGUUCUUCUCGGCUAUCCUGAUGUUCGGCUUUCCUCACUCACUGCCAACGAAGGAGAGAGACGAGGGAGCUGAGAGCGAGCAGGUUAUGCUGCCUCCUUCUCUCAGCCAAGAGUAUGAGACUCCGAAGCCCAGCAACGGAGUAGUGCUCAGCCAUGAGCCUGCCAACAGCCCCACCUGCUGUCAGCAGCUGAGAGUGAUCCCUAAGGUGACAAAGCACCUGCUGUCAAACCCCGUCUUCACCUGCAUCGUCCUCGCUGCCUGCAUGGAGAUAGCAGUUGUGGCCGGCUUCGCAGCCUUUCUGGGAAAAUACCUUGAGCAACAGUUCAACCUCACCACCACCUCCGCAAACCAGCUGUUAGGCAUGACAGCCAUUCCAUGUGCCUGUCUGGGAAUCUUCAUGGGCGGCCUGCUGGUGAAGAAGCUGAACCUCUCAGCGCUGGGAGCCAUCCGCAUGGCCAUGCUGGUCAACCUGAUCUCCACUGCCUGCUAUGUCUCCUUCCUGUUUCUGGGCUGCGACACGGGCCCCGUCGCUGGAGUCACUGCACCAUACGGCAACGAGACACUAAAUGUGGGUGAGAAACCGGAGGCUCAGUGCAUCAGCCACUGCAGCUGCUUCACCUCGUCCAUCAGCCCCGUGUGCGGCUCCAACGAGGUUACCUAUCUGUCUGCCUGCUUCGCCGGCUGCACCCGGACAGGAGCAUCUCAGUCCGCAUCGAACAUUUCGCAGAACCUGACUGGCUGCACCUGUAUAUCUUCCAAAAAUGGUUCUGGCACUGCUACUCCUGGGAAAUGUCCAUUGCCAGGUUGCCAGGAGAUGUUCCUGAUCUUCCUGUGUGUGAUAUGUGUCUGCAGCCUUGUGGGAGCCAUGGCCCAGACUCCCUCUGUCAUCGUGCUGAUCAGGACCGUGAGUCCUGAACUGAAAUCAUACGCUCUAGGAGUGUUGUUCCUUUUGUUACGACUCCUCGGAUUCAUCCCGCCUCCUCUGAUCUUUGGUGCCGGGAUCGACUCCACCUGCCUUUUCUGGAGCUCUGACUGUGGCGACAAAGGCGCCUGCCUUCUUUACGACAACGUGCAGUACAGGCACCUCUAUGUGAGCCUUGCCAUCAUCCUCAAGGGUGUGGCCUUCCUGCUCUACACCACCACGUGGUACUGCCUGCGGAGGAACUACAAGAAAUACAUCAAAGCAAACGAGGGCAACCUGACGGCAACCGAGUUUUACCCGUCCCUCAACGACGGGCCCAAACCCGUGGACAGGACAAAGUUUAUAUACAACCUGGAGGACCACGAGUUUUGUGAAAAUAUGGAGUCUGUUUUGUAAGAAUUUUUGUUUCGUCUGUUGAAAUGAUAAAAGGCCAUACGGGUCUGAGGUGCACUCCAUGAGCUUUUUCAGAGGGUCCAUUCUAGUUCUUUGAAACCAUGAGGUGUUGUCAGUGAAUUCCUGGCGUGACUCUGUGGUAGAAGACAACUCCACAACCCUCGCUGGGUCAGUCCUGGUUGUUUACUAGUGCAUGGAUGAGAUACUACUACGGCUAUAGUUGCCAUAUUGUUUAGGUCUUUCAUGACCAAACUAAUCUGUGUGGGUAAAUGACAGGCUUCCUUCAGUCAGCACAGUGUUCUGUCUGUUACUCAAAAAAAAGAAAAAAAAAA